CGGUGACCCUGGAUAUAAACAAGGUAUUGGUCAGGAACUUGGUGUUACUCAAGCAAUGGUAUCUCGGACUGUGGAUAGAGUUGUGAACAGCAUAGUUGCACAGUCGAACGAAUGGAUCAAGUUUCCAACUACCAAGCAUGAACUGAUGGAGGCCAAGCGGAUAUGGCAAAGCAUGUAUAAAUUUCCUACAGCAAUUUGGUCUAAUUGAUUGUACACAUAAAGGAAUCCUGAAACCAAACCGCCAUGGAGAUGAAUAUAUCAACCGAAAAGGGAAACCCACUUUAAAUGUACAAACCACUUUUGAUGCCAGAGAGAUGUUUACAAGCUAAAUGUUAUACUACUUGGCGAUGAUGG